CACGCUGCUCGACGGCAAACACCCGCGGUCGCUUAUUUGUUUGCAUUCUUCGGCGAGUUAUUACAUCUGGAAGUCUUUGAUGUUGUGAUUGCAUCCCUCCUGGAAGAUCCUCCCCGCUCGCGUUUGUGUUUUUAAGCUCGCAUCCUUUAUGCACAGCACGCUGCUCCAGCCCUGCAAGAGAACACAGGCACCCGUGUCGGAGCAGCAUGGCUUCCUGAGCGAGAUGGAGGCGAAGCAGCACUCGAUCAAGAGCCUGAAGAGCUAUCCGGAGGCCGGGGGCCGGAGUCUGGCAGCGGCGGCGGGUGGGGACGGCGGUGGCGGCGUAGGGUAUCGCGUCGGCGGCGCGGAGAUGGACAUGGAGGCGAAAAUACAGAAGGCGAUUGACUUCAAACUGGAGGGUCACCGAUGCUACAAGGAGAAGAAAUUCCGGGAAGCGAUUGGGAAGUAUCACAGGGCGCUUCUGCAGCUGAAAGGGAUCCACGUCGUCGACGGGACCACGGGAUCCGAGGUGAAUCUCCUGAAUCAAGCAGCGGCCAAGCUGACGGAGGAGCAGCGGCGAGCGGUGGAGAGCACCGAGAUCGAGUGCUACGACAGCCUGACAGCAUGUUUGCUGCAGUCAGAGUUGGUGAAUUAUGAGCGGGUGAAGGAAUAUUGUUUGAAGGUCCUCGGACACCAGCAGGAUCACUUUAAGGCCAUGUAUCGAGCUGGGAUUGCCUUCUAUCACCUGGGGGACUAUGAGUGUGCCCUGCGUUACCUACGUGAUGCCAAGUGCCGUGAACCCACAGACACAAACGUGUUGCGAUACAUCCAGCUGACGGAGAUGAAGAUGAGUAAGAGCGUUCAGCAGGUGCGUGAGAGUGGGAAAGAGUCAUUGGGUUAAUUCAGCCUGACGCCCAUUCAUGCCACGUCCAAACCUUGAUAGAAACCCUCUCUCUUCAAAUCUUUGCCCCUUUUUCCCCCGUUCUUUGGACAACAAGGCUCCGUGUGCUGCGUCGCUCUCUGAAAGUAACUGGAAACAGGCACACCAACAGCACAGACUUGCUCUGAGAUCUAUCUGUCCCUUUAAAUCCAACGUCCCCGGUGCUUUUCUUUUCCCAGGUAUUGAGAAUCUGACUGACGAACGAAGAACACGGAAGCGGCGAAAGAAGAAACGCUGUAUUAUAAUCAUAUAAACAAUGGGGGUGUGACAUUACAAUUUAAAGCUACACGAGCGAAAAAGGAUAUUAAAAAUGUGUGUAUGUGUUUAAGGAAAAACAUGGGUGGGUGUAUUGAGUAUGUAGGAAGAGAAAUAGAGCGAAAGCACACGUAUCAAAGCCACACGGCUAUUUGAGUGUCGAUAA